AUUAAUGUGAACAAGUGCAAUCCUAUGCGCGCGGGAUGCCACAUAGACAUGCCAGAAGUGGUGAAACGAAAGAAAGCAGUGAUCAAUGUACAAUCACAGGACAAUGCGUGUUUCGCGUGGUCGGUGGUCGCUGCUCUGUAUCCAGCUGAAAGGCAUGUGGAUCGGAAAUCGUCGUAUCCACAUUACAGCGAUGUGUUAAACCUGCGAGACGUUCCAAUGCCAAUGACAUUAAGUGGUAUUAAAAAGUUUAAACGGUUGAACAGUAUCUCCAUUAAUGUGUACAGCAUCGAUGAAAAGAACAAUUGUGAACGCGCGAUCGUACCACUACGAGUUGCUGACGAGAAGAAGGAGAAGCACGUGAACCUUUUAUACCUGCAAGAUCAGGAGGGUCACUUCGUCUGGAUAAAAAACUUAUUCCGCCUCGUAAGCUCGCAACUCAGUAAACAAAAGGAGAAGAAAUACAUUUGCGAUCGAUGUUUGCAUUAUUUCCAUUCAAAUGGAAAGUUGGAAGCCCACAGCGUGGACUGUCAACAGAUAAAUAACUGCGCGAUUGUAUUACCCAGCGAGAAGGACAAGUGGCUCAGCUUCAACAACCACAGCAGGAAGGAACGCGUGCCGUUUGUAGUGUACGCGGACCUUGAGUGCAUCUUGAUAAAGACUGAUACCGAUACCAAAGCAUACCAGCACCACCAGAUAUUUAGCAUCGCGUACUACGUCCACUGCUCGUAUGACGACUCGCUGUCAACGUACCGUUUCCGCCGCCACAUUGAUUGCAUCGCGUGGUUCGCCAACCAACAAGAAGAAUUGGCAUAUCGUGUACAGAAUAUUCUGUCGAGUAAUGUUCCCAUGCAAACACUUUCUAAAGAACACAACGAUUUCGAUCUAUUGACGCGUAAAGGUGUGUUUCCAUAUGAAUAUGUGGAUUGUGCGAACAAGCUGCAGGACCCGCGUCUACCUCCACGCGAGUCAUUUUUCAGUUCUUUGACCGGAGUCACCGUAUUCGAGAGCGAUUACGUGCGCGCCGAGAAUGUCUGGCAGCGGUUCUCCAUCCAAACCUUAGGCGACUACAGUGAUUUAUAUAUGAAGAUAGAUGUCUUGUUAUUGGCCGACAUUUUUGAAAAUUUUCGCGAUAGUAGCAUCAACAGUUAUGGAUUAGAUCCCGCGUAUUAUUAUACCAUGGAGAAUGUAUAA